AUGGCGCUCUUCUGUAGCCUGGUGAUCCUUCUAAUGACCAACCUCUUUUACAUGCCGGUGCAAUCUCUGAACAAUGAAGGCAUCGCGCUCUGGUCCUUGAAACGGUCCAUCCGUGAGGACCCCAGCAGGUUCCUAAAAAAUUGGAGCUUGUCCGACGAAACUCCGUGCAAGUGGAGAGGAGUCAAAUGCAUAAGAGACAGAGUCGUUUCUCUCAGCCUUUCGAAUAAGAAUCUCACUGGCUUCCUUCCUCCAAUCUUUGGAAACCUAUCGGUGCUCCGGCAUAUCUUUCUCAGGAACAACAACCUCUCGGGAAGCCUACCUGUCACGCUCUUUGAUUUGAAUGGGUUACAAAGCCUGGUGCUCUCAGGGAACUCUUUCUCCGGGAUGAUUCCUGAAGAACUUGGAAAGCUCGGUUCACUUCAGACCUUGGAUUUUUCCGGGAAUUCAUUCAACAGUUCGGUCCCGGCAUCAUUACUUUGGUGUGGGCAACUUAAAGUGCUCGAUUUGAGCCGGAAUGGGUUCUCAGGAUCCCUGCCUGAUGGGUUCGGGACUAGAUUAACUCGUCUUAAACAUCUCAAUCUUUCAUUCAACAAGUUCACUGGUUCCAUCCCCAGUGAUAUGGGGAACUUGUCGAGCUUGCAAGGGACUCUAAAUUUGUCAAAUAACUUGUUCAGUGGCCUGAUCCCAGCAAACCUAGGAAACCUCCCUGAGACUGUCUACAUUGAUUUCAGCCACAACAAUCUCAGCGGACCAAUACCGCAAAAUGGUGCUCUACUCGAUGCAGGGCCGACUGCUUUCGUCGGUAAUCCUCUGCUCUGCGGAGCGCCGCUCGAGUCGAUGUGUCCACCUGACAUUCCUAGUGGCAGAAAUGGACAGGCACCAAGAAUCAACGGGACUUUAAUUAUGAUAGUUGUGGAGCUCUGUUUUCUUUUCAUCAAUCGGAAUUAUAAUUAG